AUGCAAGAGCUCAUGGCUCAACGAGGGAUGGGAAGUCAGCAAGAUUCUGAGCAACAGAAGGCCCAGGAAGAUGCAAAGAGGGAUGCUGAGGAGCGAAGGCAAAUGAUGCUUAGUCAGAUUUUGUCUUCUGAAGCACGAGAAAGACGUAAGCCCACAACUGAGAUCAUCUUUGCCCGAAUUGCUCUGGUGAAGCCUGAGAAGGCAAGGAGUGUUGAAGAUGUCAUCCUGAGAGCUGCUCAAAUGGGUCAAAUAGUUGAGAAGGUUUCUGAGGAGAGGCUCAUAUCAUUGCUGGAACAGAUUAACAACCAAACAACCAAACAGACAAAAGUCACAAUCCAGAGGCGUCGGAGUGUUCUAGAGGAUGACGAUUAA